AAAAUAACAGUAUACUUAUCAGAUAAAUAUUAUAUAUAUUAAGUCUUCUUCAGGUAACACGAAGAAAGAAGAGGAAUAAUAAAAAUAUUGGACGAAAAAGUUAUGCAGCGAAAUACAAAGCGCGCUAUAGAAAGCAAAAUACAACAGCAUGUUCUACAGCGAACAACGUACAAAUAUUAAAUGUAGCGAGAAAGCAAUUGUUACAUAAUAAUGAACACGUUUCACAAGAUGUAACUAAUGCGCUUUUAUCCAAUAAUCAAACAUUACAUGCUAGUAAUGUGUUAUCGAUCCCUCAGGAAAUUGCACAAUCUGAUAUUCAUACGCAUAGGAAAAAGUUGUUACAACAAUUUUAUUUAACUAUAUCGUCCUUUGCCGAUAUUACUUGUGAUGUUUGUAAAAAAUUAUAUUAUAAAAAACAAAUAUGUAUUACGAAAAUAUCUCCUACAACGAUAAAUAUUUUUCCUACCGAGUUACGCGAAUUAAAUGAAAUAAUUACAUGUUUUCGUUGUGCCAAUUUGAUAAAAAAAGGCAAAGUUCCAACACAAGCAUAUUGGAAUGCUAUGUUUUUGGAUGAAAUUCCAGAUGUUAUACGAAAUUUAAGUGACAUGGAACAAAGACUUUUAUCAAGAAUUGUUCCAUUUAUAAAAAUUAUUAAAUUAGGUGGACGAUUCGGUCAAUCAGGUUUUCGAGGACAAGCUGUUUUAUUUGCACAAGAUAUAGAAGAAAUAUCGGAGCAAUUACCAUUACCAAUUACCAGAAUAGAGCAGGUAAUAAAUAAAACUGAAUUGAUCGAAAUAGCUGGGAAUAGAGCAAUAAUCAGAGGUUCCAUACAUCAAGGUCAUGAUAUGUUUUCUGAUGCUACUAGAGGGAAACAGUGCACUGCAAUUGCAGCGGUUGCUAUAGCUAUGUCUUUAUUACAUAAUCUUCAAACUUGGACAAAGAAUCUUAUCGAUACUAUUUUAUUAAUAGGAGAUGCGUUAUAUGUAACAAGUAUAUCAAAACGUAAGAAUCCUCAUCUUGCUGAAAUCAACAGAGAUUUUUUAUCAGUUGAUGAACUACAUACAGAUAUUGAAAUAUUUGGAAAUGUUAUUAACCUUUUUAUUACUCAAGAUAGUAGUAUAUCAGGGCAUUUAUAUAACGACAAUACGAAAAUACUUGGAAGAAUAGAAGAUACAUUGAAGUUGCAUGAUAAAAUGAAGAAACAUGAGGGCAAAGAGAAGAAUGAGCAGCACUACAUGUAUUGGCAGCAUUAUUGCGCCGCACUUAUGUGCUUAUUAUUGGCAGCAGUGUUGCGCCUUAUAUGUGAAGACAGAUAA